AGGCCGCCAACGGACCGCUCAGGGAAGCGGCGCGAGGCUGUGGCGAGGGGCGGCCGGAGACGGCGUUUGCUGCCACGCGCGCAUCGCUGGGAAGUCUCCGCCGCACGGGAGGCUCCGCAGGCGCUCCGGAAACAUGGCGAGUGUCGGAAAUGAACCCGAAGGGACGGGCGGCGGCGGCGGCGGCGAAGAGGAAAGCUUUGAAGAUGCCUUCGAAAACAUCCCAGUGGCCACCAAGAUGGAUCUCAAGUGUGCUCUGGAAGAGUGUACAAUGGCGUUAAAUUUAUUUCUAAACAACAAAUUCUCAGAAGCUCUGGAAUUACUUCGUCCAUGGUCGAAAGGCAGUAUGUACCAUGCCCUAGGAUAUGGCACUAUUUUAGUUAUGCAAGCUGCUAUGACUUUCGAACAGCAGGAUAUCCAAAUGGGAAUAGCUACAAUGAAAGAAGCAUUACAAACCUGCCAAAAAUUCAGGAAGAGAAACACAGUGGUGGAAUCAUUGUCCAAUUUAGUUUCAAAACACUCUGUAGAUCAGCUGAGUGAAGAGGAAAUGCAUGCAGAAAUCUGUUAUGCUGAGUGUUUACUACAGAAAGCCGCACUGACGUUUGUACAGGAUGAAAAUAUGAUCAACUUUAUAAAGGGUGGCCUCAAAAUUAGAACAAGUUAUCAAAUAUACAAGGCUUGCUGGUUGCUGCGACGUGGAUGUAUUGGAGCUCCUUCUCUCAGAGGUACAAAGGAAGACUGCAGAGAAAUAAGAGAAUGUCAUCAAGUUCUGCAGAUGACUCAGGAUAGCAAAAGCACGAAUGAAACUUACUACCAGUUUGAAGGGGGUGUGCAACUAGGAAUAGGAGCAUUCAAUUUGAUGUUGUCCCUUUUACCAGGAAGAAUCCUCCGGCUUCUAGAAUUUAUUGGGUUUUCAGGCAAUAGGGAGCUGGGGCUCCAACAGUUACAAGAAGGGGCUUCUGGUGCCAGUCUGCGGGCCAUACUGUGUACUUUCACCCUGCUGCUAUACUACACCUACGUUUCUUUAAUCCUUGGAACAGGGGAAUCCAACCUUUUAGAAGCAGAAACCCUCCUUCAGCCUUACCUCCAGAAGUUUCCAAAGGGUGCCAUCAUUCUAUUUUACAAUGCCAGAAUAGACAUACUGAAAGGAAAUUUUGAAAAGGCUCAGGUGACAUUCCAGGAAUGUAUUGCAGCUCAGCAAGAAUGGAAACAGAUUCAUCACCUCUGUUACUGGGAGCUGAUGUGGUGCUACUCCUUCCAGCAAAAGUGGCUUCAAGCAUAUCGGUAUGCAGAUCUGCUUUGCAAAGAAAGCAGGUGGUCAAAGGCGAUUUACGUGUUCCAAAAAGCUGCCAUUUUGUGUAUGCUUUCAGAGGAUGAUGUGAAAACAACAGGAGAAGACAUUGUAGCUUUGUUCAGGCAAGUAGAAGGCCUAAAACAAAGAAUAGCAGGAAAAUCUAUCCCAACAGAGAAGUUUGCUGUGAGGAAAGCUCGACGUUAUGCAGGCUCUCAACCCGUGAAGCUAAUAGUACCUGCUCUGGAAAUGAUGUAUGUCUGGAAUGGCAUUUCAAUUGUUGGCAAGAGAACUGACCUUACUGAAAAUUUACUGGUAACAAUUGAAAAAGAAGAAACUGCUUUAAAGAAUGAACCUAAUCACAAUGAAUACUACAUGGAUGACAUCUGCCUAUUGCAGCUGCUAAAAGGCCUGUGUUUGAAACAUUUAGGAAGACUCUUGCAAGCAGAACUCUGCUUCAAUCAAGUUAUUCAAAGUGAGAAGCAACUGAAAUAUGAUAAGUAUCUAGUACCGUACACGAUGUAUGAACUGGGCCUUCUGUACAAAGAACAGGAUGAAAGAGAAAAAGCAAUACGUUUUAUUGAAGCUGCAAAAAACAACUAUAAGGAAUAUUCCAUGGAAUCCAGGUUGCACUUCCGAAUCCAUGCUGCACUUAACAGUCUGAAAGUGACUCCUGCUCCAACACCCUGAUGUCAUCUGAGAGUGAUGCCUAACAAGUGUCUACAAGUUAUUUGAAAUUUUUAAAAAUCAUGUAAAUGAUGUAACAAAAGAGAUUAGUAGUUUAUAUUUUCUAUCAUUUGUGAUAUUUGUAUGUUUGUCAUUCUUUCAGGCUGUUCUUUUUCUAUGGGGCACCUUCCAUAUCUCUGCUUGGCAUUUAGAGGGAGACCUUAUAUUUUGUUUAUAAGAGAAUUAAUUUAAUGUUUGACAAGAAAGGGAAGUAUUUUAAAAGACAAUUGCCAGUGCAAUAAAGAGUAAUUCAAACACUUUAUUUUUUAUAAGAGGACUAAUGUUUAUGCAUUAAAACUGUCUAAGAUUUUUGUUCAUAGUUUCAACAUUCCAUGAAGGCUUGAAUUUCUGUAAUACCUUUUUAUUAGAAUUUGUUAAUCUUAAUUUUAAAGAAAAAAGUUGGCUGCUGGUAGCCAUAGUCACAUAUUUGGCAAUUGAAGCUUAGAUUUACAUACCAAAGAUUUGACUUGUAUAAUAGCCAAAAAAGAAUGAAUGACUUAAAGUCAAUUCAUGAAUGUUAGCUUGAAUUUCAGUGCAAUAUUUUGACAAUAUAUAUCUGAACAAAUUUUAAGGAAAGACAGGGUUGUUAGGUUGCUCUGUAAAGUUGUUUUGAUAAUAGAUGCAAAAAGCAUUUCUUGAUUGUGAAUAAUUGUAGCAGUUCACCUGUCCUACUGUAUAUGCUUAAUUCACUGAUAAUACUGGGAAUGAACUGUACAGUGAGAUAAUAUAUUUCCAGUAUCCCAUGGGCAUUUGAUUGCCCCUCUGUUCCUGCCACUAAAGGUGGGAGUAGAUUUGGUAGUUUUAUGACGGCCGAGUCCUUUAAUUCCAAUUUCAGGAUUGGUAUUUCUGAAGGAAAUUAACACCCAUAAAAUAUAUUAAGCCUUUUCUUGUUGCAAGAAAUGCUCCCAAACAAGAUUAUGUUUUUGUUAAUCAUCUGUUAAUAAAUAUGACCAUCCUAUGUACAUAAAGUAUUUCAUUUGUAGAAUCUGCAGGCAAAUGCAUAUUUCUGAAGAUAUGUAUACAAUAUCUACUUAGGUCAUCCUUUUACCAAUAUAAUUAAAAAUGUUAAAAAGCAUCUUCUGUUAAGGACCAGAUCUAUCAGUCAUGUUUACUAACUUUAUAUCAUAUUCUAUAUUAACAGUUACAGUACUAUUAGUGCAGUUAGAGGUGAAAAUUUUUGCCUUGGCAUCAGGCCCUCUUUAUACUUGAGUUAUUAAUUAGGUGCUGCUGAAUUAAGGAGAAUUUGGGGCUGUUAAUUUUUAAAUAUAACUUCUAUAAACACAAUCAUGCUUGAUGGAUAUUGAUCACACAACCUGUCUUCAUGAGCAGCAGAAAUAGGAAUGACAAGAUAGCUUGUCCUGAGUUUCUUAAUACAACCAUCCCAAUUUAAUAAACGGGGUUCUCUUUCUGAUGGUGGAAUUGUGGAAGUUGUAUCCUACAGCAUCCUUUGCUUGUUGCUGGAUUUCAUGCUGCUGUACCUUCCUGCCAUCUGUUCUUUCUUUCCAGUUUAACUUUUGAUGCCCUCAAAUUUGCUAAGAGAUAAUGCCUUUUCUCUUGAUGUUUUAAUAACACUCUUAACAAAAUUUUGAGGGAGCAGGUCUUCCUUGCUACAUUCAGGAUGAAUUGAAAGAAGAGAUUUUGUGCCAAGUCUAAGGGUCACUUUGCAUAUUACUUUUCCAGAUAUGGGCAUUAAUACUCAUGCCAAGAAAAGCACAUACAGUGUAACUUAUGAAUUAUGGCACAAGUAGCUUUUUUGCUUUCAAUCUAUGUCAUAGGAAGAAUAUUCAACACAAUAUUUAAAUUCAGAUACAAGAUUUGCAGAUAAGCAGCUAUGACUGCAAAAAUCAAAAAGUCCUGUUUUGGCUUGCUAAUGUACAAAAUUACUUUGCUAUUUUAAUCUUAUUGUUUCUCAAAUACUGAGGCCACAAGUAUUCUUAAAAUAUCAUUGUAAAUCAGAAUCCUUUUGUGUAUUUCUGUAUCCAGGAUUCGAUGUGUAAAACUUCAUUAAUAUUGCUGGAUUAUUUAAUACAUGCUGUUAGACAAGAAUAUGAUAAAACGAUGUGGAGUCAAUUUUAUAUUUAAAUAGACUGUGAUGUUAAAUAUAUGGACGCAGUUAUUCAAUAUAGAUUAAAUCAGUCUUACUCCACUAGUUUGUCCUUUUGUAUUAAGAUUGUUUCAGAAAUUAUAUGCUUAUGUUGUAUAUUUAAAUGUUAAUUCUUUUUGUGACAUGUUGCUUAUAUAUACACUACAUUGUGUUUUUUAAUAUCUGGUAAAGGUUUCUACGUUUUAAGAGAGACAUUAAGGGGAGAUGUGUUUUAGAAGAGAGCAUAUGAGCUUAUUAGAGGAUUUUAUUGGAAUAUACAUUCUAAUGUUUAUGGCUAUAAGCUGUCUUGCACCUUUAUCAAGGGCAGAAAAUAAUAUGGUGAAUAGAUCUAUCAAUUGCAACUUAAUGAUCAACAGCUAUUAUACAUGGAACAGAUUCAUUCUCUGGGUCUGAUUCCAUGCAGAACUUGACUGUGAAUGUAGUUUUUUUUUAAAUUAGCCCACUGCAUAACUUAAAAAUGAUAGUUGUUCAAUAAUACUCUUACAGACUUGAAACUAUUAAUUAUUGCUCCCUUCUUCCAUGUGUUUCAUAUAGCCGUAUGAGAGAGUACUUGUUUUAGCUGAAUAGAUUUACAUCCUGAUCCUGUAUGUGUUUGUGUGUAUAUGUGUAAGCAGGAGCGGCGCCAGGGUUUCUGGCAGCCGGCCGGCUGGCCAGGCGCAUACCUGCAUGCGUGCACACACCAGCCUGAGUGAUGACGUCAGGUGUGACGUCAUCAUGGGCGUGCGCACGAGCCGGCCCAAUUGCUGCAGCGGGUGGCUGGGACAGCGCGCAGGUGGCCUCCCAGCUCUCCUGCUCGGUUGCCCUGUGCCACCCCAGAUGCCUGCCCGCGGCUGCUGUGCCCGGCCAGGGGCGUGUGCUGGCGGCGGUGGCAGAGCGGGGCAGGAGGGCUGGGAGGCUGCAGCUCCGUGGCGUGCACUCCCGCCCCCAGUGCCUCCUCUGGCACCCUGCAACCGCCUACCUGGCCUCAAUGGGCGCGCCAGCCCAGUGUGUAAGCCCUAGUUGGUUCACUGGAAGUUUUGUUUCAAGUGUACAUAGGAUUGUAGCCUUAGCAUGCCAUACUCUGAUUGUAGUGGUAUUACACAAGAUUUAUAACAGUGUAACUAAAGAAAACCCAGACAGAGAUAGUAUCUAUACCUUUUGUGUGGGUUUUGUCGCAGCUGUCCUGUCUUCCUAUGAACUUGCUAUGUUAUAGUAUAGUUGAAAACAGCACAGAGUAUAGUACUGAGAUGGCAUUAAAAAGGGAAUGUCUUAAAAAUUGUAUUCUAGUUGCCUUAAAUAUAUAUGUGCGUUUAAAAGGAGCCUGUAGUGGGUAAUAAUAAAAGCAUAGCUCUCUGAAUUCAGGGACUUCUGUAUUAGAAUCCUUUCAACUUAAAAAAAGUCUCCAACAAGUGCUGUAUGCUUGGCUUUUGCACAUAUACGUUGUUCUUAUGAAAGCAAUGAAGAAUAUGUUAACCAGAUAGAGGGUUGAAUUUAAAAUGCUUUUGAGUAAUAUUUUAAUAAUUCAGGCUGCACUCCUUGGCACACUUGAAAAUAAGUCUUUGAACAUAGUGGGAUUAAACCUGCAUAGGAUUAUUCAGUUGGAGACAAAUUGUAUCUUCUGUAUGUAUAACAUGGUUUUCACUUAAUGCUUAACAUUUUACCAGUACUCAACAGUGGCUUUACUCUGCUUUUACAAUGUAUUGCAAAACUGCCCUAGAGUCACGAUACACAUCAAGGCAGAAGAAUUUAUAGAUUGGACAGAACUAUGGCCAUGACUCUUAGAUAUGUGAUUAGUUGUCAUAGUUGACUCUCAAAAUGCUGCUUUCUAACCUGUGUUCUUACUUAACCCAUACAUUGUAAAUCUGAAUACCAGAGAAUACAUGCUCUGGGAAUGUUCAGUUUGGAGAAGAGGAGAUGGAGGGGAGACAUGAUUACUCUUAAGUAUUUAAAAGGCUGUCACUUAGAGGAGGUAAGGGAGCUGUUCCUGUUGGCAACAGGACUAGAAACAAUGGGUUUAAACUACAGGAGGGAAGGUACUAGCUGAACAUUAGGAAAAAAAUUCUUCACAUUAAGAGUAGUUCAGCAAUGGAAUUGGCUGCCUGAGGAUGUGGUGGGUUCCCCCUCAUUGGCAGUUUUAAAGGAUGUUGGGGGUGCUUUAAGCUGUUUCUGCAUUGGGCAGGGGGUUGGACUCAUUGGUCUGUACGGACCCCUCCAACUCUGUGAUUCUAUGAUACCUGCAUCUUCCAUUAAAGCUGAAUUUUGAAUUCUUUGGGAUGAAUUUCUUAUAUAAUAGGUACACAUUUCUUUGAUGUGAAAAGAACUUCCCACAAUAAUUUGCCAAUAUGUAUGUCACCACAUGGCAAACAGUUGUUCAGUCUCAAAGGGGAUUUCAGCAUCAGUGUGGUAUGGUAUGUCAGGCUGUUAAGUUAACAAAUGAACUAUCCCUCUGGAUAGGUGCAAGUCGCUGGUUAUUCCUAAAGCAGUUAUCUGGAUUUUGGCAAUUGACUUGUACAGUAAAUUGCUCACAUUAUUUGAGUAAAUUUAAACCUUUAAUAACAUGGCUAUAUUAUUGGUCUUUCUCCAUUGUUUAAUUCAGUGUCAGCCCUAAACAAUUUAUCCCAGUUUGUAUGGAAAUUCCAUUUAUAUGUUACAUUCUCAUACUCAUUGCUAUCUUAGCAGUUGAUCCUGAGGUUUUGCUUUAGUUCUUUUACUUCAUACUUUUUGAAAGAGGCAGCUGGGAUAAAAUGUACUAUGUUUAUGGCUAAAAAGAAAUCGUUUCCUAUAUGAGGGAUAAAGGUAAGUAUGUUUUCCACACAGCUUUCCCCCUGCCCCCAAGUGGAAUACAGCAUGCCCUGGUUUAUUUGGGAGCUUCCACACUCCAAGCAUGGCUCAUAGGACACCCAGGGCUUUCCCUUUUAAACCAAUGGAAAGGAAACUUUCCUGUGCGAUUUCUGUAGUUCGAAGAGCUUACUUUUUUAAAAAAUAGCAGUCGUUAGGCAAUAUGUGGAAAAAAUUAAUGGGAGUAAGACAGACCUUUGCCCACUUUCCUGAUCCUGACUCUGCCCUCCUCCAAGACACAACUUAGACACCAUUUAUGUGAGCAACCAAAUGGCCUAGUAAGGACCAUUUCAUAACAUGUUUCCUGAAACGUUUUAAAAUGCUAGUUUUCACUAGGGUUUUUUAAGUCUAGGAAUUCUCUGGUUGAUACUCUUGGGAAACUUUUUGCCUCAGAAACUUCAGUUAGUUGAAACUCAACAUUUUCUUGUGAGUCUAAAAUCUAAUCCCCCCUCCCCCAUUCCAGUAUUAACUAUCACAUGCGAAAAUCCAGAAAACUCAUUAAAACCAUGAUGUCUCACUGUUACUAGGCAAUGUUAACUGAUCUGUUCCUUUCUCUUAAAGAUCACAAAAACAAAAUUAGUACAAAUAUGAGAUUACUAUGCCCGUUUUAUGACCAAUAGGUCUCACAAAGGAAGGGCUUAUGCACAAAUAUUAGAACAUGUGGGAAGUCUAGAUGCUAUUAAUUUAGCUUCUUAAAACUAAACUUGCCAGUGUCACAAUGUUACUUAUUUUUUCCUGGUGCACAAAAUUUUUAUACAUUGCUAUUCAUUUGCCAGUUUGCUUUAGGCCUCGCUGGCCUAAAGGGGGUAGAAUCUGUUAGCUUUUAAGUGGACUGUUUUGAAGUUUUUCCCCUGAUAAACAGUGACUGUAGCUUGUAUUCUGUUGACAUUUUUACAUUUGCACUGUGUAUUUUGAAAAAUUUUCUCCAAAUAGCUUUCUUUACCUACAGGCAGGGCUUUUUUUCUGGGAAAAGGUGGUGAAAGUCAGGACCACAGAAUGGCGUCACUUUGGGUCAGCUGGAACAAGGGGGGAGUUUUUUUAAGUUUAAAUUGCCCUUGGCGAAAAUGGUCACAUGGCCAGUGGCCCCGCCCCUGAUCUCCAGUCAGAGGGGAGUUUAGAUUGCCCUCCGCGCCACUGAGCAGCACGGAGGGCAAUCUAAACUCCCCUCUGACUGGAGAUCAGGGGGCGGGGCCACUGGCCAUGUGGCCAUUUUUAAGAGGUGCCGGAACUCUGUUCCACUGCGUUCCCGCUGAAAAAAAUCCCUGCCUACAGUAAAAGCAAUUAUAAUUUUGCAAAGCUUGUAUUUGGAUUAUAUGGAAAAUGGUACAUUUUUCAGGUGUUAAUGGCAAAUCCAACAAGCAUUUCUCCAUGUAGUACCAAUUGCUGGAACAUGUGCUAUAUUAUUGAUUCAGUUAAGUACAAUAAGCCACUAAGCCUUCUACCACUUUAAUCUGAAGUGCUAGUUGAAUGUUUAUGGCAACUUAAAAAAAAAAUCUGUUUACAUGAUUAUGGUCAAUUUGAACGGUCAUCUGUAAACUAAUACUUAAGGUCAUUUGUAUUAGUUUUAUGUAUUAGAUAUGUAAUACUUGAUCUAGUCUCUGUUAACUUGCAUUUUUAACAAAUAAACAUUCAAAACUGUUGUGUCUACA